AAGCGUUUUGUAACCACCCUUGGGUUUCCUAUUUUGCUGUUUGUCAGUGGAGCAUUCCUUCAGGCUAUAAUCCUACAGAAAGGGAUAUAUCAAGUAGAAAGCUAUCUCCAUAUAAGGAAUAACAUAAGUGGUUGUUUCCUUCAAAGGUCUGAGAAGUAUGUAUAGAUAGGAACCUUUAAAUAUUAUGAUGUAAGACUAGCAUUUACAGAAAUACUGUCAUGUAAAUGAAUUCAGUCCCCAGGGACAUCAGACAGGUUCUGACAAGGAAUUAUAUGUAAGAAUAUUUGGAUUUGAUUGGGUACUGGCUGGUAUCUCUAGAGAUACGCAUUUCCAUCUGUGUAGCUAUAACAAAGAGAGCUGCUAAAAUUCAUGCCUUCAGUAUGGGGUUGCACGAAAAGAGACUGUAUUUUCCCAGGUGUGAAAGUACAACUUUAAAACAAACUCUUCUUUUUUUAAUUAACCAUGUGGCUUCCAUGAGGUUUGAGUGAAGCACUGCCCUACCUUUUGGUUUGGAGAGAAUUUGGUCCAUCCUUGUGUGCUCAUGCUACAGCACGCUUACCGUUCUCCUGUAAAGGUGAGUUUGAGCUGCUGCUCCUCAGAGCGGCUACAGAUGAAUGCUGUAACUAAAUUACAGGUAAUAUAAGUGACUUUGUUCUUCUAUUUACAGCAUCCAGAAAGGAUAUUAAACAUAAGAUGGUUUUUUAGUAUUUGGUAAAAAUGGGCACUUAGGUGAGCAGAGAAUACAUAUCAUAGGAAAUGUGCUUGUUCCACAGCACCAUCUUCCUCAUGCUUCCUUUUGAUUUCUGCUUAAGCAGGUUCUGGUCAUCACUUUUCCUGCCAUGAAUUACUGUGCUGCAUCAUAUAUCAUCUAUAAUUGUAUCAUGAAUAUAUUCUAUAGUAGUAUGAAAUGGAAUUUAUUGAUUUAACUUAAAGUUUCACAUAGUAGUUUAAGAGUUUGACUUCUUUCUUCCCAGAGUUGAGGUUUCCACAGAGUGUGUGUCUCCUGUCAGGAGAAACUUAGUGACACCAGGCACAUUUGCAUCAGUAAGAUAAGUACCGAGCAAGUGCAGGAUUCCUUCUUGUUCCUCCAAAUUAAAGCCUCAAAAGGCAAGAGGAUCACAUGGUGCUUUCCAAACUUCAGGUUGGCAGAUAGGUGAAAUGAAUUUACUGCUUUUAUUCUCCUUGCAUGCUGCUUGGGAUGGCUUCUUCCUGAGUCCCAACAGCUUUCAGGACUUUAAGUUUUGGUGGCAAAUGCUUGUUAAGCAUCCCAACCAGCUCAGCUGGCUGGUAUGCAGCAGUGUCGUCAUCCCAUGACAGACCUUGGAACGCUGUCACUGGCAAGUGCAUGUUUGGGCAGAUCUUGUACUUUUUCCCUGCCUUGCUCUGAAAUGGGAGCACAAGUGUUUUAGCCUAGUGUACUCUGCGGAAGCAUGUGCGCAUGUGUGUGCACAUACCAGUGUUUCUGUGUUCCCCAGCAGCUCCAUGGUUUUGUUUUGCUGUGGUGACCCCUCAGCUGGCAGUGAUUCCUUUCCCAGCAAUCUGCACAUUCUCCUUCCUCUGUGUAAGCUAUUAAAACCAGAUGCGCAGAAAGAACUCUGUUAUGAUGAACUUUUGUGAGCUGAUUUCAUUUCUUGGCUGGAAUAGUGGGCUGUCUCCCAUGAAAGCUGGGGGAAAAGCCCAAGAGGAUUUAAACUCUUAAGUCUGAGCUAAACUCCUGGGUCUGAAUCUAUGUCUGUUGAUAUCACAGUAAAUUAAGUGUAACACAGCUAAACCAAACUGAACUAAAUCAAUGCAAAGCUGGAAUGAGAGAUAGGAGAGAUGAGAUUUGACCUUGCAUUUAUCUGCCUAUGUUUGUUCUUUGUAUUUUAUUCUGUGGGUCCUAAUACGUCAUUAAACUUGGAAAGAGUAAGUAGCUUUGCAUUGGUCCUGGAUCAGCUUAAUUUUGAAACACAGGAAUCUCAGCAAUAAGCUUGUGAUCUCGUGCAAAACCAUGAAAGAGGAAAAGGCACCCUGCCAUUUAAUGAGUGUGUUUAUAGGAAAGUCUUCUCACAGCCUGUAUCUGACUCAAAGUAGAAGCCAUCUGGGAAUGUUUCUAUGGGUAAGGACCACAUUGCAGGAAGUGUAGCAUCAUCGUGCAGUCCUGUCAGACAAGGACUGCUUUAGGCUCGCUUUUGGCUCAUGGUAGGUUUGGAAGAAGAAAGCAACAGCCAGAGUUCAGUGUGUCAUGAUGUGACACCCCUUCUCAAUGUUUCUGGACCAAUGGUAAUUAAAGUUUUGAGAUUUGUUAUGGAAUCUGCCCCACUAUGAAGCUGUUGAUUAGAUGAGCUCUUUACUAUUUUGGCAGUUACUAGGGUUCUGUAGAUGACCCCUAGAUCACAUUAAAUGCCUUUGUAAACAAUCAUUCCUCUACCGAGUACAGAUGAGAACCACUCUGCAGCAACACUGUGCUGGGGAAGGCUGUUGAGACUGUGGGUGCUGCAUGUCAUCCUGCACUGAUGCUGAGGUCUCAGUUGUGUUAGGAAUGGAAGAGAAAAAACUAAGACACUUGGUGUGGGUUGCUGUCCUCUUGUUUCCCAGGGUCCUGUCUUGUGAGUGGUAAGUGAAGUGGUACUGGUGUGUGUACAUGGUCUCAGCGACAGGCAGUUACAGGAGUGACCAGUCAGUGCUCCUAAAAGUAGCCUCACCAAGAUGUUCACUCCUUUGGAGUGCUCAUUUCCUUUUGCAUAAGGAAAUAAGCACUAAGGGCAAAUGAAGUAACUAGUGGCCUAAGUAUCUGGAAACUGAGUCUGCUUUGUGCAGUUUCCUGUGCCUGCGAUGAGUGGCUGACACUGUACUUUGUACGGUAACAUUCUGGCUAGUUUAUUGUCUCAUACCAUUUGCACUGCCUCGUAGCUGGGCUGUGUGAAGUUGUGCGAGGAGAACUGGCUUCCCACAGAGCAGUUGACCUCAGAUGUUUCGCUGCUUACUUGCUUGUCCUGGGGCUAACUGAAGGAGCCUUGUGACACCUCACAACGCAACCAUGGGCUCUAGCGCUGUCAGGAUCAAACCGGCCGCCUCCCUUGAGAUCUGAGUGGGCUGUUAUUGAAAGCCCUGAGAUGUUGCCUCUAUAUGUGCAGGCAUGGGUUAAGCAUUAUGAAUUUGCAAUAGCCAGCCAGCUUUCCCAUAUAAGAGCACUGCACUCAUUGGCUCUCUCUUUUACUGAGAAAUCUAUCUAGUCAUUUCCUGUGCAAGCCCUUUGCUUGGCAGAAAGCUAUACAGUUGAGUAAAUAACAAUAAUCCAUGGUUAUUCCUUCUCACAGACAGCUUGGAUUCUCUCGUGGACCACCACCAUCUAGAAGUUCAAUGCUGCACCGUUAACAGGCUGCUAUUAUGAGUGUGAACAUCUCUGCAGAGGAGGAGGACUCUCACCCAUGGAUGUAAAUAACUUGGGGUCUGCUUUCACGCUAAUUAACGCUUGUUGGUAUUUGGCUUGGUUUAUACUGAGAGAUUAUUUACCCUCUGAAGAAUCCCUUGGGACUCCUUGUCAGAUCAGUUCUUGGGUGGAGCUUGCAGCAACUUGGGACGGUCUGUCUGUACAAGGCUGACAAUAAAUAACUCUCUCCAGUGCUGUGGAGAGAUGGAAACUGCAGCUGAGAAAUGAUUUUGGGGAAAGGAAGACAGAAAAGCACAAGCAAACUAUUACAGAAGUACAAAUAGCUCUCUAAAGGAUCAGCAAAUAUACCAGUAAGUGUUUUUGGGGAGGAAACAAGUCUGAAAGGGUGCUAUACGGUGUAUGCUUGUGUGUGCAGAGGAAUGUUUGUCAUUAGAGCGAAGACUAAACUGAAUGGCUGAAUUAUCAUAAUGGUUUGUCUUGAAAUCAGCCCUUGGAUUUCCUGCUGUGAUCUGCAUAAAGAUCGUUUUGUGGCUGUUUACUGCCUAGAACUGUGUUUCUUCAUAUCCUAAUCAAAGGCAUAAUGCCUAUGCUUUCUUAUGUAUGUCAGUUUACCUCUUUGAUGGUACAGGCUAUGGAGUCUGGCUGUAGUCCCAGCAAAGGAGAUUUUGCUUCAGGGAAAACCUGUUAACCAUUUGGAGGGAGUACAUGUGAAUAAAACGGAAUUAUUAAAGAAAGCUUUGCUUCAGAAACAGAGUAAUGCUUAUCAACAAAGAACAUGAACAAACUUCCCACUCUCUUGCAAAGGAGGCCUACAGUUAAUCUUAUCUUUUUGGCCGCUUGGUGACUAGCGUCUAUUGGCUGCAUUGAGGCAAGAGCAAUGACUGUAGUCUCCUGAAGAUCCACUUUCUUUGCCUUUUAAGUAAGGAACCUGUGCUGUUGCCAACAGGUUUAGUCUCCUAGCGCAGAACAUCUUUGGUGAUCUGAAAGACCAUCUCUCUUAGAAAUGGAUAACUUCACAAGUGGGCAGCCAGGCCCAGGUCAGAGGAACAGGCUGAUAGGAUUGCUAGAAACAGAUGACAGUACCGCAGAAGAUAAACGUGUGCCUAGUAAAAAGGAAGAAAGAUCAGGACCUGGAAAGAGAGAGCAACGUCCCUUGGAGACAGCGUAUCAGGAGGAAAGCAGUAAUUUUCCUCCUAAAAUCAAGGUUAAUCUGAACUAUCGGCCAGGACUUGGUAGCAACCAAAAGGACCCAAAUCGCUUUGACAGAGGCAGGCUCUUCAGCGCAGUCUCAGGGGGCAGCCCCGAGGCACUGGAUGGUUUACUUGAGUACUUAAGGAGGACCUCCAAAUUUCUCACCGACUCUGAAUACACAGAUGCAAAUACUGGGAAGACCUGCUUAAUGAAAGCCCUGUUGAACUUAAAAAAUGGAAAGAAUGACACAAUCCCACGUUUGCUGGAAAUAGACCAAAAUACACACAAUCCCAGGCCACUUGUCAAUGUGGCAUGCUCUGACUGUUACUACAGAGGCCAGACAGCACUCCAUAUUGCCAUAGAGAAAAGGAGCCUAGAUUUAGUGAAGCUUCUAGUAGAGAAUGGAGCUGAUGUCCAUGCCAGAGCCCACGGUGAAUUCUUCAAGAAAAAGAAAGAAGGAGUUUACUUUUAUUUCGGUGAACUUCCUCUGUCCUUAGCUGCUUGUACCAACCAGCCUGAGGUUGUGGAAUAUCUUCUAACCAAUCCCCACCAGAAAGCCAGGCUCCAGGAGCAGGACACACAGGGCAACACAGUCCUCCAUGCCCUGGUGAUGAUUGCAGAUGACACUGAGGAGAACACCAAGUUUGUGAGCACAACAUACGUUGAGAUCUUAAAGGCAGGUGCGAAGAUUGACCCAAUGUUGAAGCUGGAGGAGAUUGUGAAUUAUGAUGGAUUAAAUCCUCUUCAGCUUGCUGCCAAGACAGGCAAAGUGGAGAUCUUCAAGCACAUUAUCCAAAGAGAGAUCAAAGACCCAGUGUACAGGCACCUGUCACGCAAGUUCACUGAAUGGACCUAUGGGCCUAUCCAUGUGUGUCUCUAUGACUUGUCCUCUAUAGACAGCUUCGAGGAGAAUUCUGUGCUAGAGAUUCUGGCAUACAGCAGUGACACACCGAAUCGGUACAAGAUGGUGGUUUUGGAGCCACUGAACAAACUGCUUCAGCAAAAAUGGGAAACAUUUGCUUCCAAGAGAUUCUACUUCAGUUUUGUCUCAUACUUGUCAUUCAUGAUCAUCUUUACAGCCAUUGCAUACUAUCAACCCCUACGCGUAAAGCCUUCCUUUCCAGUGGAAUUCACAGCUGGAGGCUUCCUGUGGGUCUCUGGACUCAUCAUUAUCUUGCUAGGAGGCAUUUAUCUAAUCUUUGCUCAGAGUCUGUACUUGCGGAGGAGACGCCAGUCCCUGAAGACUAUGUGUUCUGACAGCUGCAUUGAGAUCUUGAUCUUCAUCCAGGCUUUCUCAUUGCUGCUGUCAGCAGUCCUUUAUGGUGCAAGUUCAGAAAACUAUGUGGCAGUGAUGGUGUUCUCCCUGCUUCUGGGAUGGGUGAACAUGCUGUAUUACACUCGGGGCUUUCAGCGCACUGGCAUCUACAGUGUCAUGAUCCAGAAGACUAUUCUGAGAGAUCUGCUGCGUUUCCUCUUGGUUUAUAUGAUCUUCCUCUUUGGCUUUGCUGCAGCUCUGGUUACACUGAUGGGGGAUGCUCCUUCGGUCUCUCAGAACAAGUCUCUUGCUCAUUUGGAGAGCACUGGGAACCAUGCUAUGUACGGUGGGCUGCUUAGUGUCUCCCUGGAGCUCUUCAAGAUCACCAUUGGGAUGGGAGACCUGGAUUUUCAGGAACAUGCCAGAUUCCGAUACUUUGUCAUGCUCCUGCUGCUUCUCUUUGUGAUCCUCACUUACGUUCUUCUGCUCAACAUGCUGAUUGCGCUCAUGAGUGAGACUGUCACAGAUAUUUCUAGUUACAGCAAAAGCGUCUGGAAGCUGCAGAGGGCUAUUGCUAUUCUAGAGAUAGAGAAGGCCUGGCUAUGGCGCCAAGGUGGGAAAAGGAGAUCUGGCUGCUUCAUGUCAGUGGGCCUCAAUAAGAAAGAUGAAAGGUGGUGCUUCAGAGUGGAGGAAAUUAAAUGGACUGAUUGGGCAAAGGAUGUGGGAGUUCUUAAGGAAGACCCUGGCAACACCAAUGAUUCAGAAAUAAACCCAGAAGAGACAAGAUCAUGGAAACGGAUGCCACAGAAACAACUGAGACCAGCUGGUUCAGAGGAGCAGUCACUAUUGCAGCCCCAGAUGUCAGCAACUGAGAUGAUGCCUCUAGAGGGACAAACCAGGAAUCCUUAGGAGGUUUUCUGGAUUGCAACCUUGCUUCCACCUUCAAAGGAGCAGUUCUUCCUCUAGCACCUGGAAAAAUUGAAGACAUUAUCAGUAUUAAAGUGCAUUUAAUCGAAGACUGUGAUUCAGCCUGUGGCUUUAAGUAUUUUCAUGCACUUUAAUCAUUAAUUUCCUCUGAAGAUACUAUUUUUAUUCAGCGUUUUUUUGCCUGGCACUUUCUUAUUAUUAUGUCUAAAGGUGCAAGAGCAAGAUCUCAGGGCAGCAGGAGUGGUCUGUGGGAGGCAGCACUUUCUGAGCUGUAUAGAAAUAAUGUUGCUUGCCAUAGAGAAGCAGAGGAUGAAGUGACUGAUCUAAGAACAGGUCAACUGUUAUUCUUUUGUCACAAGAGACUGCCCUGAAGUGCUUUGGAAUAAAGACUGUUGUAGAGUCAUAAAAAGUU